UUCCACCUAAUCUUUUAUGCAUCAACUUGCCAGCCUGCAACUCUCCUGGCUCCAAAGUGGGUCCAUGCAAAUAGUAUUUCCGAUUUAAAUCCUUCGACAUCGAAUGUUUUACUUUAGAAGUCGAUCGAUCCCUUGAUUAGCUCUUUCAUGGCCUUGCCUAGAUGGGAUUCUUUAUCAAGGGAACCUCUCCCUCCCCCUCACAAAAAAAAAAAAGAAAAAAGAAGCUGAAAUUGUAUACCUUCAGGAGGUUCGAAGAUGGCAGGGAAUUUGGGGAAGGAGGAACCCAGUUCGGUUCAGGAUCUUCAAGAUCCAAGUAUCUCCACUCAUGCAUACACGUUCAAACACGCAGGCUCUGGUCAUAAGCGGCGCCGAGGUUCUGUUCAACCAUCAUCAUCUAGAGCUGGGAAGAAAUCCAAACGGGAUAUCGACAGAGACCACCGUGAGAAAAAGAAGGAAGAGGUGGAAAAAUUGAAGGCAAAGGCGGAAGAACUUGUGAAAAGCAAUAUUCACCUUGAAGGACAAGCAUUUCAGUUGAGAAUGGAUCUGAAGGAAACUAGAGAAGAAAAUAUCAACCUGAAGAUCGUGCAAAAGAGUCAAAGUGAUUCUAUACUUGAACUGGGGAAGACAAUGCUGGAGCGCGACCGGGUGUUGAAUGCCUUGAAAGAGGAACAUGCACAGGAAAUGCUGGAGCGCGACAGAGAGUUGAAUGCCUUGAAAGAGGAACAUGAACGGCAAAUGUGGGUGUGCACUUCGCGGCACAUAGACAUGGGAGAUUGGCAUGAGAACGCCGGAGAGAUGAACAACCCCAUGGAGACUCCUGCCACUGCUCAGGCCAUCACCAACUUCUUCAACUUUGACUACGCAUUCCAAAUUAAUGGCCUAACUCGGCAAGACAUGUAACAGGGGUAAACCCACCCUUAUUUUAUAUUUUCAAGUUUGGAUUCCCUAAGGCCUCAAACUAUACUGAGAGGCAUGAAUAAUUGCUAGAUGGACACCUUCUUUGUGAGACAAUGUGGCAUUUUAUCGUAUGGGCUGCGCUCAGCCUAUUGGAUAUUCUCUUUAUCAUGUAACCUUAUUUAAUGGUGUUUGUUUUA